AUGAGACUUGGAUCGUCGUCGGCGGUGGGAUUUGGGGUGAACUGGGGAAAUAUGGCAUCGCACAGGCUCCCCGCGGAGGUUGUGCUGCGAAUGCUCAGCUCCAGCAAUAUCACCAAGCUCAAGCUCUUCGAUGCCGACUCGAAGAUCGUCGGUAUGUUUGCCAACAGCGAUGUGGAGCUCAUGGUCGGGAUUCCAAACGAAAUGCUGGACAAGAUCGCGAACAGCCCCCGGGCGGCGCUGGAUUGGGUCAAGGAGAAUGUGACCCAGCAUCUCCCCGAGGUGAAAAUCAGAUAUGUGGCAGUCGGGAACGAGCCCUUUCUCAAGGCAUACAACGCAACUUAUGAAUCCGUCACCCUCCCAGCGCUCAGAAACAUCCAAGGAGCGCUGGACAAGCUCAACUCAGCGGAGCCGAUCAAGGCGGUGGUUCCUCUUAACGCCGACGUUCUCAGCGAUGGCGGCUCCCCCUUACCAUCGGCGGGACUGUUCCGGCCCGACAUCCAGCCGCUCAUGGACACGCUCGUCUUAACUCUCGCCAAGCACCAAGCUCCCUUCGUCGUCAACAUAUACCCGUUCCUCAGCCUCCACCAGGAUCCACACUUCCCGCAAGAGUUCGCGUUCUUCGACGGCAGCAACACCGGCGCUGCCGCCAUCCACGACUUCAAUGGCAACACCUACACAAACGUCUUUGACGCGAGCUACGAUCUCCUGGUUGCAGCGCUCAACAGGAACGGCUUCCCGGACAUGAAGAUCAUCGUUGGAGAGGUCGGGUGGCCGACGGACGGGGACGUGAACGCGAAUCCAGCCAACGCGCAGCGCUUCAAUCAGGGGCUUCUCGCGCACAUCACCAGCGGCAGGGGGACGCCGCUCCGGCCCAACCAGGAGCUCGACGUUUACCUCUUCGCGCUCAUCGACGAAGAUCAAAAGAGCAUCCUUCCCGGCAACUUUGAGCGGCACUGGGGGAUAUACACUUACGACGGCCGAGCAAAGUACGAGCUGGACGUGCUGGGAACAGGCCUCGCCAACUUUUCCAGCGACGUCCAGUACUUGCCGUGGCGGUGGUGCGUGCUCAAUCCCGAGGGCGACAUGACCAAGCUCGCCAAGAGCGUCGACUACGCUUGCUCGCACGGUGACUGCACAGCGCUCGUCUAUGGCGGCUCUUGCAACCACAUUGGCGAUCAAGGCAACGCCUCGUACGCUUUCAACAGCUACUACCAGAUCAAUAACCAGGAGGAGGAGAGCUGCGUCUUUGACGGGCUGGGGAUGAUCACCACUGCGAAUCCAUCCACCGGGGGCUGCGAGUUUCCCGUCCAGCUCAAUCCGCUCGCCUCGUCCUCGACGUCUUCCACCGCGACGCUCAUGUCCUCCGAGAGCAGCAGCGUCGGGCAGUCGAUGCUCCUGGCGCUGCUCCUGGCAAUCGCGCAGCUGGUGCUGGAUUUCGACAAGCUUGCGUCGGGAUGGAUUUCAUCGAGGAGGAAGAAAUCCAAGCUUUCGAAGUUGACGACUAACGGGCAGACUACGAUCACGAAGACGAAGAAGCCCGGCAUUUGCAGGAUAUACUAG